UCUCACCCAGAGGAAGUCGUUGGCUGCUUUAGCACACAAGCCAAAUAAUGGCGAAAUAAUGAGGAAUAGCAGCUCCGGAAACGCGAAACAAGCCAUUCAGACUUCGGAAAGCAUGCUUUAGAGUCCCUGAAAACGGAGUGCUGUAGAUGGCACUUAGACUGCCGUGUUAAACUAAGCGAAAAGGGUUCGCUGCUCCUGCUACCGGAAAUUUGUUUUAGCCUUGUAGCCGGUUAGCCGUUAGCUCGUCGUCUUUUACUCCAGCAGGUUAAAUGUUUCUCUCCUCGUGUCAUGCGGUGGCAUGUUUGUCACUUUUGGAGACGCUUAGUUAGCAGUCUCCUUUGUGCUUUGUUUAAUUUAAACGGGGAUAAAUAUGUUUGGGCAUUGUUAUAUUCCCGGCUGGCUUAUUAAGUGCCUUACAGGCCAUUUAAUAUUGUCAUAGCAGAGGUGUGUUCAGCCCUCUGAUGCCUUCCACGGAUUCACUGUCUGCAUUUCCCUUCUGUCUUUAGUUCAGAAUCCCACAGACAAGAUGAGUUCAAAAUUUGGCUUAAUCAACUACAACUCCCGGAAACACAUCUCCAUAUCCAUCCCCUCCUCAACGGAGGCGAUGUCCCCACACAUCAAAUCUGUGGAGGAACUCAGAGUGCUGGGGGUCAAUCUGAGCAGUUUUAACACUCCGACACAGUUCUUCAUCUGUGUGGCAGGAGUCUUCCUCUUUUACCUCAUCUAUGGGUACUUGCAGGAGCUGAUCUUUUCUUUAGAAGGCUUCAAACCUUUUGGCUGGUACCUCACUCUUGUUCAGUUUGGGUUCUACUCCAUGUUUGGCCUGGUAGAGCUGCAGCUUACGCAGGACAAGAGGAGGAGGAUCCCAGGCAAAACAUAUAUGAUCAUAGCAUUUCUAACAGUUGGGACCAUGGGCCUUUCCAACACAUCACUGGGAUACUUGAACUAUCCGACUCAAGUCAUCUUCAAGUGCUGCAAACUCAUUCCUGUUAUGAUCGGUGGGGUUUUCAUACAAGGAAAACGGUACAACAUUGCCGAUGUGUCAGCUGCUCUGUGCAUGAGUCUGGGCCUCAUCUGGUUCACACUGGCUGACAGCAAGGUUGCCCCAAAUUUUAAUGUGACAGGAGUUAUCCUUAUUUCCCUGGCGCUUUGUGCUGAUGCUGCUAUUGGAAAUGUGCAGGAAAAAGCCAUGAAACUGCACAACGGAUCCAACUCAGAAAUGGUAUUAUAUUCCUACUCUAUUGGGUUUGUAUAUAUUCUGCUGGGACUUCUGUGUAUUGGGGGACUGGGACCUGCUGUGACCUUCUGUGCUCAGCAUCCGGUGACUACAUACGGUUAUGCGUUCUUCUUCUCUCUGACCGGCUACUUUGGCAUCUCUUUUGUUCUGGCCUUGAUAAAGCUCUUUGGAGCACUGGUCGCAGUCACAGUUACAACAGGAAGAAAGGCCAUGACGAUCGUCUUGUCGUUUUUAUUCUUCACAAAACCAUUCACUUUUCAGUAUGUGUGGGGAGGCCUGCUCGUUGUCUUCGGGAUCUUCCUCAACGUCUACAGCAAAAACAGUGACAAAAUAAAGCUCCCGUCAUUUGCAGAGCUCCGGAAACGAGUUCUCAGCACCAAGAAGGGUCGACCGCUCUCUCAGACUGUGUAGGCAGGUGACUUUUGACUUUACCUUAUGGACCUAAGCUCCACUCCAGUGGACUGCCCACAUGGUAACAAGGUGGACCCAACAACCUGCAGCUACAUUCUGACGGAGCAGGAGCACUCUGCAAACAAGAGCGAAGCUGUCGAUUUUAGCUGCAAAGUAAAAAACAAAUUGCAAAGUUUUGCACUGGCCUCAGCCUGCCUGGGCAUGGAGGAGAGACUCAAACUGUGAAAGGAGCUACAGCAGUCCCAUUAUGUCCAAACUGGACGUUGACUGAAAGAAAUCAUUGUUGUAAUAGGUCUCUUUUUCACCUGCAUGUGCCGGCAAAGUGAUGGCUUCCUUUGACACACAAGUCAGUCAUUUCCAAAU